AUGGAUGCUCUAUCUGUUAUUGGCCUGCAUAGUAAUGCCACAGACCUGAAAUCUUCAGUCGAUCUUUUCUAUACCAUGAGACUCAGAGGUUUCACUAUCCCAGGAUUGCAUUCCCUGAUUUCUCUUGUCUGUCGCCCAUUCACCGAAUACUGGAUUUCUACCAACAAAUUGAUCAAAUGGCCUCUUGUAGGACUACUGGCACUACUUGCCACGUACAUCACAUCUUCGUUUCACUUCAAUAGGGAGAUAUCCAGGAACAAGCAGUUCAAUUCCAAAGAUAGACUCCGAAAUGCACCAGUCGUGCCUUAUUGGAUUCCAGGACUUUUCCAUGGAUUUGGCUUCAUGAAUCCUGCUGAGUUUCUGCUCAAGCUUCAGAGACAGUUCGGUUCAAACACGCCUCUUCAACUUAAAGCAGGUCCAUUCCGCUUUUUCUUCUACCAGAGUGCCGAUGAUAUCAAGGCUGCAUUCAGAGCUUGCAAAAGGACAGCGAACAAAUCAACCACUCUUUUCGCGCUCAAGAAUCUUUUUGGUCUCCCAGAUUAUGCCGUCAGGUUCUACCUGGACGACAAUUCGGGCAUGGGUCAAAUACCACGCGCUGGGAGCAACGUAGCUCCGCAUAAUCGGAUCAACUACCUCAUAAAUCUGAACGUGAAGAAAUAUCUGUCAUCUGAAUUUCUCAAUGAUUUAGAUGAAAGGUUUAUGGCGACAUUCAUCGAUCAUCUGGAUACUUACAUGAUCAAGGAUGAUUGGACCGAUUUCCCCGAUCUGCAUGCUUUUAUUCAAUCAGCUGCCAUAAAGCCAUGCAUUGAAUCACUGGUCGGCUCAGAGUUUCUAAAACUCAACCCCCAUUUCAUUCAGGAUCUAUUGGUCUUCCAAGAGUACACACCUGACUUUCUUCAUCUUUUGCCUCAAUGGAUCAUACCGAAAGCGUACAACGUACGAAAGCGAUUGCUCGAAAGCGUCAAACGGUGGCAUCAGCAUGCGCACGAGCAUUAUGAUUGCUCAAAGCUUGGCUCAGACGACCCCCUUUGGGAGCCAUACUUCGGAUUUAAGCUCAUUCGGGCACGGGAGAAUUACUGUAUGAAGACAGAGAAAAUGACUGCAGAUGCUCGGGCCUCGGAAGAUCUUGGCUUGAUAUUCACGUCUACAACGAACGUUGUGACUUCUAUGUUCUGGUUUGUCUUUGAGGCACUCAAAGAUCCGGAACUAUUAACACAACUUAAGCAAGAAGUUGCCGAGUGUACCGCGAAAGAGGGCAGCAACGUCCAGAUCAAAAAGCUCACUCUGCAGCCUUUGUUGCAGUCGAAUUAUGCAGAAGUGCUGCGCCUUUACGUCGCCGUGGCUGCAAGCAGGGUUGCUGAGUACUGUGACAUAAACGUUGCCGGUUAUUCCGUUCCUAAAGACAGCUAUCUGGUGAUGUACAGCCGUAGUUCCGCCUUUGAUUACCCCGGUUGGGAACGAGCGGGUAGAAGUCUCAAAAAGCCACUCGAGGAGUUUGAUGCUGAGCGAUUCUUGGUCGACGCCGACUGGGUGCCUCCAUCACUUGCUGCAUUGCGCAAGGCGGAAAAGACAAUGGCAAGAAAUACGACCUCCUCCACUCAGAAGCGCUUUAGUGUUGAGGGGCUCUUGGGCCUUUGGUAUCCUUAUGGAGGUGGAGACCAUAUUUGUCCAGGUCGCCACUACGCAAAACAUCAAAUUAUCAUCAGUUUCGCGAUGUUGUCCGAAAAGUUUGACUUCGAGCUGCAGGAUCCAGAAGCAUGUACGGUACUACCAAACAUGAGAUACGCACCAUUUGGUGCUCUUCCUCCUGUGGGCAAGAUUCCGUUUCGUUUGCGGAGAAGGGAUACCGUGCAGAAAUAG